GUUUAGGGGGUCCUGUUCGCAUUACGUCAUUGUGAAAGUGGUCUAUCCGCUGCAGUGCUGUAACUCCGCCCUGUUCGGUGAGUGCGUCAUGGCUGCCGCUCUGCACGUGUAGCACCCAGAGAGUCAGCAUGGAGGUCGACAGCGCAGCCAGCGCCACCGAGGGAGCCUUCACCAGCGUGAGGGCCAAGCGCAGCAGGAAGAGGAAGGCGGCCGAGGAUGGGAAGGCCAUGGAGACCGGGGAGAAACCGAGGAAGAGGCCGGAUUUCCCCCCCGUGUCCGGUGACAGUCUGACGGUAAGUGCGGAGAGCAGGACAAACCGUGACCAGAGACCCCCCGCAGGCAGGAGGGGGGGGAGAGAGACUUUCUGUUAUCUGCCCCACACCAAUUCUGGGAUAUUCAACCUAACCUCAAUAUAGUUUGAAACUUUUUACUAAAUAUACAGUAUAACAAACUAGGUAAAAAAUAAAUAAAUUAUAUUUUAAACUUUUUGUGUGGUUUUUUUUUUUUUUUUUUGGUCUGAUCUGCAAUAAAUUUUGAAACGUUUUAAGAAAUACAGCAUAAGAAAUGUACAUUUAUAACAAAUUUUAUAUAUAACUUGUUAUAAUGUACAUUUAUUAUACUGUGUGUGUGUGUAUAUAUAUAUAUAGACACACAGUAAUGUCACUCUUGGUGCCAAUACGCUAUGAGCUUUCUAGAAAUUUAGAAAUAAAUGUCAUCAUUGUUUGACUUUUUUCCGUCACGUAAAUUCACAUCGGUACAAAUCCAAUGUGCUCCUAGGAGUGUCCAAGCGGAUUUUGUUCUUAAACUUCACCUUUCUCUACUUGGAUUCCACUGCCUGCGAGUGGGCAUCUGUCUUUGUAUUUAUAAUGUUCAGUGAGUGAUUUGCACGGUAAAUAUAAAUUUUCAUCAAAUAGAUUGUUGUACGCUCGCCAUUUGUCAGACAUUAUGGUAGUGCCAGGUUGAAUAUACAGUUAAAUCAGAGAUUGACAAAUUUGCUUGGAAUCUAGGAGACAGUCAUUUUCAACUAGCCAUUAAAGGGACACUAUAGUCACCAGAAUCACCACAGCUUGAUGUACUUGUUCUGGUGACUAUAUACGAUGCAGGCUUUUCAGUGUAACCAAGCCUUUUCAGCAGAAAGUCAGUGUUUACAUUGCUGCUUAACAACACCUCUAGUGACAGUCACUCAGACGGCCACUAGAGAGUCCUGGGUCACUGCUGCACCAUGUGCAGCACCUAAAUUCAGGGUUUCCAUCUCUGCAUGUAGGCACUGAAUGUUCCUCAUAGAGAUUCAUUAAUUCAAUGCAUCCCUAUGAGGAGUUGCAGAUUGGUAAAUUUGCUGCGCAUUCACAAAAUCCUCCCAAUGAUUUCCUAAGGGAAAGCAUUGGCUUAGCUGAGAGCAUAAAGAUUGAUCAUCUCAGCCAUGGAGGUGGUACAGCGUGGAGAAAAAUAAGGUGAGCAAAAACACCUGCCUCAUGCAAUCGGAGGGGGCAGGUACCUAAAUGCAAGCACAAACACAUAUAUUCUGACAGGUGCACACCUACACACACACACACACACACUUGCUCGCUCUGACAGGCUUGCGCACUGUCAGACCAGGUAUAGGGUACAGAACCUUCUCUGCGAUUUAUAAACCAAAACCGCUUCAUUAAGCUAAAGUAGUGUUGAUUCCUAUAAUGUCCCAUUAAUUUGUUAUGGUGCCAGGAGACUUACCACUAAGGGUUAAACCAUACACAGAUGCUUUAAAUCCCAAAGUCUUGAAACAAGUUAUGUUUCGCUCUGCUCCUGCCCUUCCUCUCUUCUCUGAUUUUUGAAAAUGGAAACCUCAGACAGGGGGUUUCUCUCAGCUGAUUGACGGAGAGAGUCAUCUGGCGCUCUAAGCAAAUCCAUAGCUAUACAUUGUUUUAAGAAAAUUCCUUGAAAUAAUAUGUACGUUUCUCUAGCUGUUUUUUAUAAGUGGGCGCCAAUGAUUGGCUUCCUGUUUCAAGAAGCGGAAGGGCAGUGGCUGAAUUCAGUAUUCUGGGGUACUUCUCAUGGUAAUCUAGCACCAUGGACCUCACGCACCAUAACCAUUUCAUUCCAAUGAAGUUCUGGUGCCCCUAGUGUUCCUUUAAAUUAAGGGUUGUUUCAUAUGUAUAUCUGUUCCUUUUAUUCUUAAUAACAUUUUUAUGUAUUUAAUUCUUCAUAUGAAAGACUCAAUGUUUGAUUGGGAAGCUUUUACUGGGACUGUAAUAACUGGAGACUAAUACAUGGAAUGAAAAAUUAAAUGAAAACAGUCAGCUAAUGCAGUACGUCCUUUUAAAGAGAAACCAGUCAAUACAUGGGAUUCUGUGAAUCAUGUGUAUUGUUUAUUACAUUUUAAACGACUUUUACAAUAAAAAAGCAUGUUUAUGAUAUCCAUAAGGAGAAUAACCGCAAUAGAUUAUUACAAUUUGUAUAUGUAAUGUGAAAUGGAACAAACACUAUCGUGUUGGGAAUACACAUUUCAUGUAUUUACUCGAAGCCUCAGCUAAAGGUUAAUGUGUGACAGUGACACAUACUUCAUUACAAAGCAAAGUUCACAUAUUAUUGGCAUUGCUUUUUGUAUUGUGUAUGUAUUACUCUUACAUGAUAUUUGUUCCCCUAUCUGUUCAUUUGGGGGCUGUAAAAACACUGUAGAGCUGUCACUGUAUGUGGAUGGAAUAUUAUUUCUGCAUGAUUUUUAUCAAUGCUGCUCUCGUGUGUUUUGUAGGGUGGCAGAGAAGAAAUGAGAAAAAUCCCCGUACCUUCUCACAGAUACACCCCACUUAAGGAAAACUGGAUGAAAAUCUUUACACCCAUUGUGGAACAUCUACAACUGCAAGUUCGCUUUAACUUAAAAUCAAGAAAUGUGGAAAUAAAGGUAAAAGUUUGCCAAGUUUCCACCUAUUUUUUUUUUUCUUCUUUCUAAUAAAGCGUCAUUCAAUCAUUAUAAAUGUAUUUUUUUCAAAUGUCCAAGCGGCAGUCAUAACAAGUGAGAUGUAUUUCUCACAGGACAGGGGUAGCAUUGAAAAGGUUAAAACAACAAAAUGCAGUCCCCAGUCUCCUCCCCUCCUAGCCUUAUAAAGAACAACUCCACCCUGAGCUCCCCAGUAUUUGCUUGUCCUCGAGCGAGAGACAGGUCAGGAAGUAGAGCUCUGCCUUCCCUUGGCAGAAUUCCCCCUUUUUUUUUGUGUGUGUGUGUUUUGGAAACACUUGGUGAGGGGGCUGCGGCUCCGUCUUGCUUUUUGAAGGUUUGCUUGGCCAGUGCACGUGUCUUUCAAUUAUCAUAGGAUAUGAACACACGACAGGCUCCUGUGGUUCACUCCUUUAUCAUUCUGCCCAAUCCGUGAUGGAAGAGGCGAAGGUGCGUCUGUACGCACAGCUGGGAGGCUCCAUAUGUGGACAACACACUGGAGUGUUGUUGCAUUCUACUUACAGAUCUCAGAGUGCUAUGCGCAUUCACAAAGCGAUCUCGGCACCUGGCAACAACUCUUGAAUCUGGAGCCUAAUAGCAGGAUAUUUAAACACAGCAGUAACUAGCCUCCGGGUGUGUUUCAGAUUAGUUACCAGUGUGCUCUCCCCAGCCCUCCAGCACACCAGAGGCUUAUUACGGUGAGACCAAGUAGCUUUCAUCUUAAUAGUCUUUUUCUUUCCUAAAUAAAUUAAUUUGGAUAUGUCUGUGGGCAGUGUUCAGGCCCACCUAUGUACUGCCUAGCUGCAUGUUUGUGGGCAGUGUUCAGGCCACCUAGGUACAGCCUCGCUGCAUGUUUGUGGGCAGUGUUCAGACCACCUAUGUACAGCCUAGCUGCAUGUAUGUUGGCAGUGUUCAGACCACCUAUGUACAGCCUAGCUGCAUGUUUGUGGGCAGUGUUCAGGCCCACAUAUGUACAGCCUAGCUACAUGUUUGUGGGCAGUGUUCAGGCCCACAUAUGUACAGCCUAGCUACAUGUCUUUGGGCAGUGCUCAGACCCACCUAUGUACAGCCUAGCUACAUGUCUUUGGGCAGUGCUCAGACCCACCUAUGUACAGCCUAGCUACAUGUCUUUGGGCAGUGCUCAGACCCACCUAUGUACAGCCUAGCUACAUGUCUUUGGGCAGUGUUCAGACCCACCUAUGUACAGCCUAGCUACAUGUCUUUGGGCAGUGCUCAGACCCACCUAUGUACAGCCUAGCUACAUGUUUGUUGGCAGUGCUCAGACCCACCUAUGUACAGCCUAGCUACAUGUCUUUGGGCCGUGUUCAGACCCACCUAUGUACAGCCUAGCUACAUGUCUUUGGGCAGUGUUCAGACCCACCUAUGUACAGCCUAGCUACAUGUCUUUGGGCAGUGCUCAGACCCACCUAUGUACAGCCUAGCUACAUGUUUGUGGGCAGUGCUCAGACCACCUAUGUACAGCCUAGCUACAUGUCUUUGGGCAGUGCUCAGACCCACCUAUGUACAGGUUUCUUUCUUGAACAAAGUGAAUUCCUCUAUAGUUUGACCAUUAUGGUUGUUUUAACUCUGUUUGCUGUCAAUAUCAAUUACUGUUGGAAUUUUAUUCGAACCUAUGGUUAUCCUCAGUAAUGUCUGAUUAGUAUCAGAUCCACUGCUAUCUGUGCAGGAAAGGGUUUAAUGGGGUAAAAUAUCUUUUACUCUUGAGAAUACAAUUCCUAGAACAUAUGAGAUGCAGCAUCUAGACCAGUUGUUAGACUUAGAAUGUACCUUCCUGUAAAUCAUCUAAAGUUUGGUUCUAGUUUUAUUCUACUUAUGGAAGGCGGCGUAUCUUUAGUCGCAAUCAAGGGUUAAAUUGUCAGCUACUAAUACAAUUGAGUUACAUCUACAUUUAAUUGAUUCCCUAUUUUACAUUUCUGAUAUGUCAGAUUCAGGUCAGGUGAAAAGCAAGGGUUCUGGUACUUGGCUCUCUUAGUCGAUCUUUCUUUUCUAUAGUGACUGUUAACAUGUCAGUCUCUGAGCGUUCAAGCAUUAACUUGUGGGGCCCUUCUGCGUUCAAUCUUAGCUGUGCUUUGGAUAAUAGAUGUGGUUACUCCCUUGAAGCAAUCAAAUGUUUAUUUUUCUUAGGUUUAUAUUUUAGACCAUAUAUAACAAUUUUAGGCUGUGUAUUCCUGUCUAGUAUGAAACCCAGACUUGCUGGUAGUAGAAAUUUGCAGCUUUUUAUUUUUACUUUAUGUCCAUAAUGAGCAUUUCGUUUUUCUAGUUUCUUUAAAUAAUCUCCAUACACUUUCCCUGGGUCACAUCAAAUUUAUAUCAUUAUCUUCCAGCAUGACCAUGUUUGGGACGGUCAGCCAACUGUGAGUUGGGCUAAAACUAAAUAUUCGUUUCCAGUUUGGACCCUUUAAGGUCAAUCUGUAUUUUAUCAAACCAGAUUUCAGUAUUUUUUUUUGAUUUUUUUAAUUCUUUAUUUUUGGUUUGACAAAGUAGAUGGUAAUCAUGAAAGCAGUUACAUUUAUGUACAUGACAGCGCAGUCAUACAUUAGCAUAUAUAAUGCAAGUGACAGUUGUCAGUUUAGGCAUAUCAUAUACAUCAAGUUUUCUGUGGGUGACUUCGUCUGAAUUUUUGGUAUAGGUGGCAAGCAGUGUUAACUAUGUACAAUAGCUUUGCUGUGAAGGGUUAGGCUUAUAGAGUGGAGUGUCGGUCUCGCCGCUUCCUGGGGUAUGUAACUGCGCCCUCCCCCCCCUUCUACGCACCACAAAACGCUGAUGUGCUUUUAUCUGCCUUUCCCCUUCUGCCUACUUACAGGUCUUGGGUGCCUGCCUACAAGAGAGAGAUAGAAAGGAAAGUAAAGAGUUGGAGACAAGUACCUGCGUGGUUAGCCAUAUCGGUUUGACAUGGUUACCGAGUGAGCUACCGACGGGGGUAGUCAGUUCCCUUAAGUUGUGUUUUAUGUGCUGGGCCCGGCCCCACCCCCGUCUAGCAGUGGUGCCUCUUCCGCCUGUCCGAGUGUUGAUGUGGUGGUUGGCGUUUGGUGGGCCCCCGCCCCGCCAAUUGAAAGUUGCGUGGAUGCUGCCCCGCGCCCCAAGUUGUUGUGCUAAGUAUCGUAUUGCUCCCACAGAUCCCAGACUUUUUGGAACUUAGUCAUGGUGUUUCGCACCUGAGAGGUCAAUUUAUCCAUUAUGUAAUUGUCUCGUAUUUUUGUGUUAACCAGGGAUAUAUGUGGGAGAUCUGGACAUGACCACUGUUGUGCUAGGGACCUUCGGGCGCUAAAUAGAGCAUGUUAAGAAGUCUUUGCUCGUGUCUGGGGAGAUCCUUUGUGGGUCUUGAGAGCAGACAUGCCCAUGGGUCUAAUCCCAGUCGCCUUUGCAGGAUUUGGGAGCUAAGCUCCACAAUGUUACUCCAGUAGUCUGCGACCUUCGGGCAGCCCCACCACAUAUGUAUAUACGUGCCCCGCACCCGUGCCAGCAGUCGUCUGUGGGACUUAGCCCCAUAUGUUUCUGUUUCACGGGGGUCAGGUACCAUCGAAAUAGUGUUUUAUACGAUUGCUCUUGGAGCGUCACACAUAUUGUGGUUUUGCUACAUGCUUCCCAUAUGUCCUGCCACUCUGUUCCCUCUAAUACCUCCCCCAGGUCGGCUUCCCACUGGUCGGUGUAUCGCAGCGUGCUCUCCUCGUUCGAGUUCCCAUUGAGGUGGUUGUAUAGUAGCGUAAUGAGUUUAGUUUGUGUUGUUUCAUUGUAACAUAGUUUUUCGAAGAAGGUUAGUGGUGUCAGAGCCGCCUUCCGUAUGUCAGGGUUUUGUGCAAAGUCACGGAUCUGCAUGUACCUAAAGUAGUCUCUUGUUCGUAAGUUGGCUUUGGUGGCUAGGUGUUCGUAGGUGACUACAUUUUGGUUCACAUAUAGGUGUACGUAUCUUUGGAGUCCCGUGGCCUCUCUCCCCUUAUAGUCUCUCGCCUGCAUUCCGGGAGGGAAGGCCCUAUUCCUAAGGACUGGUGUCAUGGGGGACGGGUGGGAGCUGAGGGCGUAUUUCGUUUUGGUUUGGUCCCAAAUCUGUAUGGAGUUGAGUAUGGCUGGGUUCGCUGUUCUUAAUAUGGCUCUUUGCGCUUUGGGUGCCCAUAUUGAAAAUUGCGGGAGAUCCUGACCUGUCAUCAGCGACUCUAGAUCCACCCACCGUCUCCUGUCAGGAGGUGUGUGCCACUGUGUCAGCUGUGCAGUUAGAUAAUAGGUGUAGACAUUGGGUAGUCCCAGCCCCCCCAUGGGUUUCGGUCUGUACAUGAGGGCGCGCGCGAUUCUUGGGCGUUUGUUGUGCCAUAUGAAGGCAUCAAUCGCUCUUUGUAUUCCCGUCAGGUCCCUCCGUGUUACUCUUAUUGGGAGUGCUUGAAAGAGGAAUAGCAUCCUCGGCAGCACAUUCAUUUUUAUAGAGUUUACUCUCCCCAGCCAUGAGAUGGGCCUGUCCGUCCACUGCUCUAGUUCUGUGAGAAGGGUCCGGAAUAGGGGUGUAUAGUUGCGGGCAAAUAGGGAGGAUGUGUUCGCUGUUAGCCGUAUCCCUAGAUACGUGGGUUCGUCAGUGGUUAUCUUGAAGUGAUACGUGUCGCGUAUAUGGGUGAGUUCCGGGGGCUCCAGGUGGAAGGGCAUUGCCUCGGACUUGGAGUAGUUAAUUUUGUACCCUGCUAUAUUGCCAAAUCACUCCAGUACGAGCGAUAAAUGGUGGAGAGAGUGUCUCGGCUCCCUGAGCGUCAGCAUGACAUCAUCGGCAUACGCCGAGACCGUGAAUGGUGUUCCCCCCACCGUGACGCCCCUGAUGUGCGGGUGUUGCCUGAUAGCUUGUAGUAGUGGCUCCAAGGUUAAGGCGAAGAGCAGGGGGGACAAUGGGCAACCCUGUCUGGUGCCGUUUCCCAGGGUGAAGGGUGUUGCGCGUGCCCCUGUAAUGAGUAUUUGUGCCCUCAGAUCGGUGUAUAAUGCUCGUAUAGCUGUUACGAAGGUCUCCGGGAACCCCUGGAAUCGGAGUAAUUCAAAUAAAUAAGGCCAUAACACCCUAUCAAACGCCUUCUCCGCGUCUAGUGAGAGCGCCAGAGAAGGCGCCCCGGAUUCCCCCAUGUGCCAGAUUGUGCUGACCCCUCGUCUCGUAUUUUCAUACAAUUGGCGGCCUGGCAUAAAGCCCACCUGAUCUGGGUGGAUCAAGCGCGGGAGCAGUACGUUGAGUCUGGACGCCAGGAUUUUGGCGAAUAUUUUGAGGUCAGUGUUAAUAAGUGAGAUUGGCCUGUAGCUCGAGGCCAGUGUGUCUUCUUUCCCUGGUUUUGGUAGGAGGACAACAUUUGCUGUCGCCAUGUCGCCAUCCGGUGUCCCACCCUGCAGAAAAUGGUUGCUAAGGGUCGUCAGCUGGGGGGCUAAUACGUCUUUGAAUUGUUUGUAAUAGCUAAUGUCAUAUCCGUCCGGACCUGGUGCCCUAUUGCCUUUCAGGGAAGCUAUGGCUGCCUCCACCUCGAGUUGUGUGAUUGGUUCUUGUAGUGCUUCCGCUUCAGCCCCAUUCACCUUUGGGAUAGUGAGUUCAGAGAGAAAUUGGCGUAUGUCUGCAAUGUAGGCCGCAUUGGUGGCCCGGAGGCGGGGGGAAUGGUUGUAUAGUUCUGAGAAGUAGGAGGUGAACACUGCAUUAAUCUCGUCGGGCGUUUCGGCUAGUGUAUCUGUUGUGCGUAUUUUUGUUAUGAUUUUGCCUUGCGGUCUCGGGCGGAGCGCCCUAGCCAAGAGUGUAUCUGUCUUAUUUGCUUUCUCGUAAAACAAGCGUUUGGACCAUAGGAUAGAGCGUGAUACCGCCUCCAAGGUGAGGUCCCUGAUAGAGUGUCUGAGGUUAUUGAGUUCCCUAAGGUUCAAGUCUGUCGGAUUCGUUUUGUGUUGUUGCUCUUUUUUACGUAGGGCAGACUGUAGGUCGAGUAGCUGUUUUGUUUUAGCCCUCUUUUUCUGUGUGGCUAGUUUAAUGAAGUGGCCGCGUAGUACUGCUUUAUGCGCUGCCCAGAUCGCGGUAGGGCUAGCUUCGGGGGUUGCGUUUAUCUCAAAGUAUUCUGUGAUGGCUUGUCGGGUUGUGGCUUGUGUUGCGUCGUCUCUUAAGAGGCUAGUAUUAAGCCUCCAGGAUCAAUUGGACUUGUAACAUAUGGUUUGAUUUUUACCUCACCAGUUUAUUGAAAUACCAUGUCUUACGCCACAAAGGUCUGCUGCGUAGCCCAGCAGGGCCAGAUUAUUAUAGGUGUCACUGGAGUAGCUAGUCCAGGCCUGUGCUUUAAAACAAGCUCAAAUGGCUACCAUAUAUGUGGACAGUUUUAUUUAUAAUUUCUUUGUUUCCAUUCUGAAAUGAGCUGCACCCACUACAAUGGUGUUACAAUCAGAUCAAACUGACUUUAUUAUCAGUUUUCCACUAGUCAACCUGUGCUGUGCAGAGGCUGGGCUACAUUGUGUGUGUGUGUGUGUGGCUUUACAGCGAGGUGGUGGCAUCUCAAUCACAUCUGGAAUCCAGACACUGUAAACCAGCAGUUGGUUUGAUUUUAUUAUCCACGAAGGCCAUAAAUGCUAUGCAGUGAGAAUGGUAAUCCGCUUCUCUUGUUAGGCUCUAGGCCCGGCACAGGCAACCUUCGGCAAUCCAGAUGUUUUGUACUACACCUCCCAUGAUGCUUUGCCAGCAUUAUGGGUGUAAGAGCUUUAUGGGGGAUGUAAUCCACAACAUCUGGAGUGCUGAAGGUUGCCUAUCCCUGCUCUAGGCCUUUGCAGCCCAAAAUACCACACCACAGUCCAACAUAUUUCAUGUCCAGAGGUGUAGAGUUUGGGAUAUAUGCAUUUUUUUUUGUUUGUUUUUUUACUUCUGAAAUGUAUGUGCUAUUAUAUGUAGGUUUUUGUUUGUUCCCCCUAGUUAUAUCACAUUACCUAUGUGCAGAUAUGUUGCAGCUUUCCUUUCAUCUUUUUCACAAAUGAUUUUCCAAAGAUUAAGCCACAGUGUACGGUAUUCGGUGUACUGCGAACAUUUUGAUAUCAGGACUGUAUAAGCUUGCUACAUUAUGUUUUUAUAACACCUAACUCUAAAGUUGGGAUCUGCACAAUUCUUCCAGACUUGAACGCCUCCAGAUGCGUUAAUUCCCCCUCAUCCUAUUUUGUAACCGCCAACUCACAAUCCAUUUCUGGGUCCAUUCUCUCUCUCCCUCUAUAUCUGUGUUCUUACCUUGUAUAUUAGGGGACCCUUUGUAGGUUUAAUUUUUCUUCUACAUUUAUUCAUGGAGUUUUCUCCAUAUGUUGACAGUAUCUCUAUAAUGGCUAGUUGUGAGGCUGGCCACGCUAAUGGUUUAAUUAGUGGUCUUAUUAGCCACAUGUUCAUCACGGAUAGGAAUUUAUAUCAGUUUUUUUUUUUUUCAUGUUUUAUGUUUGGUUUUGGUAUGUAUUGGGCUACGUUAAUUACCCUAUCGCAAAUAUAUAUUUUUCCUAUAUAGGUAUGUUUGUCUGUAGAAGUGACAAAAAACACUAAAGUAAACACCUUAAAUGCCACCAGGGAAAAUCUGAAUAACAAGCAAUUUCCCUUCUCUAUUCUGAAAACUAAAGAGAGUGUAAGAUUUCUCCAAAUCUUGGGUUAUGUCUGUAGAAGUGUUUAGUUCCAUUUUAUAUGAAAAUUUAAAUGAAAGUGUUGUAGGUCACAUUUGGAUUUAAGCUCUGGAAGAGCUGAUUACGAACUGUGUAUUUUCUUAUCCCGCAGAUACGAAUAAGGUUCUAACUUACAGUUUAAAAUCCCUUUUGUACAGCGCUACGGAAUUUGCAGGUGCUAUAUAAAUACUGGUGUUCCAGAAUUACUCCAGUAGGCAGUCCUGUUAGCUGGGGAUGGUAUUCCUUGUGAUUCAGGAGCCAUAAUCCACAGGCUCCUGUAUGGUGGGUUCUCUAGGUGAAAUUGUUUCCACCCUGGGGUUUAACUUGCUAUAUCAUCCCACUUAUGACUACCGCUUGGAUGUUUGGAAAAAACAAAAUUUUACUUAAAGUAAAUUUUAUUUUUCCAUAGUCAAGCGGCAGUCAUGAUUUCCCUCCCUUUAUAAUAUAGAUCGAAAAAUGUAAACCCAAUAUCCUUCUAUUAGCUUGUUAUAUAUGGGGGAGCUCCGGGUGGAGUUGCCCUUUAUAAGGCUAGAAGGGGGUGGGGACUGCAUUUUGCUUUAACCUUUUCAAUGCUACCUGCCCUGUGAGAAAUGGGCUACUACAUCCCACUUGUUAUGGCUGCCGCUUGGAAAAAUACAUUUACAGUAAGUAAAAUUUAGGUUUUUGGCCUUAGAAACUUGCCUCUCAUCCAAUGGAUGGAUAGUUCCUUUCGCCAGCUGCUCCUCCCUCGAUGAGGGAGCAACUCCAAUGCUUCUCUAUGAGAAGACUUAACAGCAUUUGACAUCACAUUGGGUAUCCCCCACACUCCGUAUGUUGAAGUCAUUUGAUUUUUGAGAUCUUGAGGAGCUAGUGGCUCUAUUGUCUGUCUGCCAGCCGUUAUAGGCUUGUUGUUGGACAGAUGUAAACAUUGUAUUGCUUUAGAGUGAUAACAUUACUUUAUUGCACACUUACAUCAUAAUAUAAUGAAACCGACAGACAAUUCAUGGUUUGACCGUUCAUAGCAUUGUGGUUGUCAUAUUAUAUAUUUUAAAAGUAUAUCUUGUAUUAAUCAUUGCAGACUUGUAAAGAGACAACAGAUGUUGGUGCACUGACAAAAGCUGCUGAUUUUGUAAAAGCUUUCAUUUUGGGAUUCCAGGUUGAGGUAAGUACUAAUUGCAUGUUUCAAAAGUAUCUUAUUGACUGCAGUUUUUCUGGUAAUUCCGUGACUUGUCUGCUUGAUAUGUGGCAGUCCCGGGAGAAACUUAGGGAGAUAUACUUACCGGAAACUCUUCCUCAUGAGUGCCACCAUUUUCCUUUUUAGGCCCUGUUGUGGGAUCCGGGCACUUAAACUACUGCACGAGAGUACAAAACAGAUGUUUAUGAAUGUGAUGCUUGCUAGUCCCUACUUUUGUCUUGUGAUUUCAUUUAAAUUACAAUGCAGUCAAUGACUGUUUUUGUUAAAGAUUUUAUCGUUCAUCUAUGAAAUACUCAGACAUGACAGAACCCCCUUUAAACAUGUCCUGAUUUUUGUAUAGAUAUAUUAAAUUUUAUUCUUUAAAAUGUGCCUGUUUGGCCUAGAUGUUCCUGAAAUGUUAAGCAGUAGUUUCAACAAUAUUUAAAGGGGCAAUAAUGUCUGUAUGUGCUGUUUAUAUAUAGCAUUAAGCUGGCGAACUGUUGACUAUACAUGAGGUUAGGAUAAUUUUACUGCCGCAAUAUUUUCUACCUCUUAAAGAAACAAUGUGAGCAGUGUGUUAAGAGAGUCCAUGAAAACUUACAUUCUGAUUAUAUUUUAGGUGGGAAAAAAGUCUACAUAUUUCAGAACUGACUUUAUUUGAUGAUAGACUUCUGUGAUUUCUGUGUUUUUUGUAAAUAAAGUUUUACACCUUUUGAAAAGACAGGGGAGGUAUAUGCAAAUGAAAUAAGUUCAAAGCAGAAGGAAAAACUAGCUUAAGCGAAAAUAUAAUAUACCAUUUUGUGUUGCAGGAUGCCCUCGCUUUGGUUCGACUCGACGACCUCUUCUUAGAAACAUUUGAGGUCACAGACGGUGGGUUAUUUGGAAAGACUUAAUUCUCAUAUGUGGUUUAUGCGUCUGUGUCUUAAAAACAAUUUUCAGAACCCUGACUAGUAGGGAUGCACCGAAAUGAAAAUUCUAGUCCGAAACCGAAAAUUUAGGAUGCCCUUGGCCGAAAACCGAAAAUGACUUUUUUUUUUCCCCAAAUGAUUUUAAAAUAGAUUUUUAUUUUUAUUUUUUUUUAAUAUAUAUUUUUUCUCUAUAAUUGUAUUAAUAUUGGACUUCCAGCAUCAGUUAGGUGACACUUGGUCGCCUAACCACCCGGAAGUCCCUAUGGUUGACUAGAGGUGGGGUUAACCCCUCAAGGUUAUUAUUGCCGUUUCGGAGAAACGGUAAUAAUUACACUUGCAGGGUUAAGGGGACUGGGACACUGCACCCAGACCACUUCAUUGAGCUGAAGUGGUAUCGGUGUCUACAGGGUCCCUUUAAAGAGAUACUGUAGGCACCCAGACAACUUCAGCUCAUUGAAGUGGUCUGGGUGCUGUGACUCUUUUGCACCUAAUGCUGCAAUGUUUACAUGACAGCACGAAGUCUGCUCUGCAUGAGGACCUCCAGCGUCAGAUUUUCCCCCCGUAGGAAAGCAUUGAAUCAAUGCUUUCCUAUGGGAAGGACUAAUGUGUUCAUAGCAUUUGCUGCGCAUGCGCAUUAGACCUCACUUGUCGCCAGACAGAGAUGGGGCGGAGCUUCGAUAAGAUAAGUAAAGGGUUUACAACCCAUUUUUUACCGGGUAGGUUGAGGGAUCGGUAGUGCCAGGAAUACAGCUUUUUAAGCACACACACUGACAGUCUCACACACAGGCUCACUGAUUUGACACUCACUCAUUAACAAAUACACUGACCGACACAUGGAUAGUCACACAAUGACGACUCUCACUGAUUUGACACUCACAUACACGCACGGGUGCGGACACUGGCACUUGGACAUUUAUUAGAAAGGUUAUAAAUUAAAUUAACAUUCUGCACCCAGCGGCGAGGGAGCUGUGAUCUCCCUGCUAUGCUCCCUCGUGCACUGUCUACUUAUGUCAGGAGCUGAAAUAUGAUGUCAUUCCGGCUCUGACUGCAUCAGCAAACUGCGCGGGAGCAGAGCAGGGAGAUCACAGCCCCAUUGGACCCGAAGGUGAGGGGGAACACCAGGUAAGCCGGAGUGGGCGUUUAGGGGCGGCAUUUUUUGCUGCACAAAUUUCGGUGCAUCCCUUCUCACUAGUAUUCCUUUCACAGCCUUAUAUUUGGAUUUUUAUAUAAAGUGUCUCUCACGUUCUUGCUCACUUGGGUAAUGCCGCUGAUUACAUGGUAAAAGUGAACCGUAAAAAAACAGGACUUGGCCCUUCAUAUUGUAUGUACCAAACUGAAGAUAGUAAUGUAUAGAUCAAUUUUAUUUACUCGUGUUUGAGCACAAGAUGAUCACACAGUAUGCGCAGUAAUGUGACAAUAAUACAACAGCUGAUCAGCCUUGAUAUCACAGCAAAAUGGGGAUUUGGACGACAAUUUGUAGACCACAACUUAAUCUUAUUUUCUCUUUAAUAUAGUUAAGCCUUUGAAGGGGGACCAUCUUUCUCGUGCAAUUGGAAGAAUAGCUGGGAAAGGAGGAAAGACUAAGUUCACAAUAGAAAAUGUCACAAAAACAAGGAUAGUUCUUGCUGAUUCGUAAGUCUAAAUUAAAUAUUUUGCUGUCAAUUUGUUUGCUUUCUUGGAUGGAAUAAAUAUUUUGGAAAUGUCACACUUAUUGUGAGUAGACCUGUGUGUGUUUAUAGACUAUGAUUUAGAAUUAUUGCUAAUAUUUGGAUAAGUGUUUUGUUAACUUGUGUUUAAGACUAAUGUAGAUGUUGGUGAUUUUUAUGACCUUUCACGUGUCUUGCAUGUGUGUUUUUCUUGAUUUAAUUUUAGUUUUUAGCAAUUUUUACCCUAAGUUCAGUUUAUGGCCUUAUCCUAUGACAGAUAUUCGGUAAACUCCAUUAUGAGGAUUGGUUUGGUAAGAGCCACUAACAGGUCAUUAGGUGGCUUCACCAGUUACAGAUAUACAUAAGGGCCUUUCGAAUUAUAGGGUUAAAACAAAUGUGGAGACUCACAUGUUGAUUAAAAUGCAGUUUUUCAGGAAAUCCAUCUUAAUUGGAAAACAUUCCUUACAGAAUGUUAAUUCACUUACUGCUGAUUAUAAAUUUUUUUUUUUUUAAAUAACCUAAAAUAAUUUUUCUAAGUGCCAGAACCUAAAAUAAAACAAACCUAUCUGCUUGUUACAUCGAGUGUUUGUCAGUUAAUUGGAAUAAGGGCAAUUCGUAAUCCUUAAAUUUUGGAGAUAAUUUAAAAUGGUGAAUGGCGUGACAAGAUUUAAAAAAAGAGGGGGAGGGGGGGAGAUGGUAUAAUUAACUCAUUCUUCGACAUGGGGCUUUAAAUGGGUAGCUUUGAUAUUUAAUAAAUGGAAUAAUUACACAGUUAAUCUGAAUGUGGUAUAUUAGGUGUAAUGUAAACUAACAUAUAUUUUAUUUAAUUUGUUUGCAGAAAAAUACACAUUCUAGGAUCAUUUCAGAAUAUAAAGAUGGCAAGGACUGCAAUAUGCAACCUUAUCUUAGGUAAUGAGAAAACUGGAAUCUUAAAUGCUUACAAUGUCCCAUCCAUACUUCUGACUUUAUUGUUCUCUUCUCCCCUAACUGCUCGAUGUCAUAUGAUAAUCCCAAUACUUGCUGAUGCCAGUCAGUUGCUUUUGAAUAUCCAUUCCCAUAAAUAAAACGGCAUGUGUUGGAAUAAGGUGGCUGAUUUUCUCCUCCCCCUUCUUUUCUCUCAACAGGAAGCCCACCAUCGAAAGUGUAUGGUAACAUACGGGCAGUGGCCAGUAGAGCAGCAGAUCGCUUUUAAUGCUGAAGUCAGACCACAAGCAGAAUCCUCCAGUGACUCGCCAUAAUGGUUCUGCAGUUUUAAAGAGGCACAUUUCAAGCUCUUCAGGAAUUACAUGCCAAGACUAUCAUGAUAUGAUGGAUUUUUCCUAUCACCCGUCAGGAAGGUGUUAAUGGACUUUGCCAACUUGACUUCAAGGAUGAAAGCCAGACUGGUGGCAUUGCAUUGUUUCAUUCAGAUUAUUACACGGUGUUAAAUACUUUCAGCCAAUGGAGCCUUCUAAAGUUAAUGUUUAAUGCAGCAGCUGUAAAACAAAUCAUCAAAUAAAUUAUGACUUCCAUAGUGUUAGCUGUAGUGCUGGUUUAUUUUUGUAUUACUGCUUUGAAUGUUCAACAAACAAAAUAUCGUAAAGGAAUGCUAUAGGGCAAGCAUAGG